AUGAAGUGGCAGACGAUAGCAAAGGUAGUGCUAUGGCUGCCUGUGGGUAUCACGGUGAACGCACUGGGCGUGAGUCUUGCAAGUGUUAAAGGUCGUUCGAUGCAGCCAACACUUAACGAUGGAUUGACACAGGAUGCGGUGCGUGAUCGUGUGCUGCUGGACAAAUUCUCGGUGCAGAUGCGCCAUCGCUAUAGGCGGGGCGACGUGGUUGUGCUGGAGUCUCCCAUGGUGGCAGGCCAAUACCUGAUUAAACGGCUUCUAGGGUUAGAGGGAGAUCUGAUGACAGAUCGCCGUGGACGACGUUGUAUCGUGCCUCCUGGCAAGUGCUGGGUAGAGGGUGAUAACUCGACGUUUAGUGAUGACAGCGAUUCGUAUGGGCCCGUGCCGCUUGCACUCAUUGAUUCGCGCGUACUAGCAGUUGUGUGGCCACCUCGUGCGAUGAAAAUUGUACGUGGAAAGCUACCGGAUCGAGUUAAAAAUAUAUCGAGAAAGUAUGGACAAGAGUAG